CAGCCUGGCGCGCGCCGGCCGGGCCGCACCGCUGCGGGCUCCGCACGCGCGGGCCAUGUCCGCCUUUUGCCUGGGCUUGGCUGGCCGCACUUCAGCACCCGCUGAGCCGGACAGCGCCUGCUGCAUGGAGCUGCCCGCCGCGGCCCCGGACGCUGUCGGGAGUCCCGCCGCCGCCGCCCUCAUCUCCUUCCCCGGGGGCCCUGGGGACCUGGAACUGGCUUUAGAGGAGGAGCUGGCGCUGCUGGCGGCCGGGGAACGGCCGUCCGACCCCGGGGAGCAUCCUCAGGCCGAGCCCGGGCCUCCGACCGAAGGGGCCGAACUGCAGCCGCCGCCUGCCCAGGAUCCCGAACUGCUGUCAGUGAUCCGGCAGAAGGAAAAGGAUUUAGUGUUGGCUGCCCGACUGGGCAAAGCGCUGCUCGAGAGGAACCAGGACAUGAGCCGGCAGUACGAGCAGAUGCACAAGGAGCUGACGGAUAAGCUGGAGCACUUAGAACAAGAGAAACAUGAACUAAGAAGACGAUUUGAGAACCGAGAAGGGGAGUGGGAAGGGCGUGUGUCUGAGCUGGAGAGUGAUGUGAAACAGCUCCAGGAUGAGUUGGAGAGGCAGCAGGUUCAUCUACGGGAAGCAGAUCGAGAAAAGACACGGGCUGUCCAGGAAUUAUCAGAACAGAACCAAAGGUUAUUGGAUCAGCUUAGCAGGGCAUCAGAAGUUGAGCGAAAACUCUCCAUGCAAGUCCAUGCCCUCAGAGAAGACUUUCGGGAGAAAAACUCAUCAACCAACCAGCACAUCAUCCGGCUCGAAAGCCUUCAGGCCGAGAUCAAGAUGCUGUCAGAUCGGAAACGGGAGCUGGAGCACCGUCUCAGCGCCACCUUAGAGGAGAAUGACCUGCUCCAAGGGACUGUGGAGGAGCUACAGGACCGGGUGCUGAUCCUGGAGAAGCAGGGCCAUGAUAAAGACCUCCAGCUGCAUCAGAGCCAGAUGGAGCUCCAGGAGGUGCGGCUCUCUUACCGACAGCUGCAAGUGAAGGUGGAGGAGCUCACCGAGGAGAGGAGUCUGCAGAGCUCUGCCGCCACCAGCGCCUCCCUCCUGUCCGAGAUAGAGCAGAGCAUGGAGGCCGAAGAGCUGGAGCAGGAGAGAGAGCAGCUGAGACUGCAGCUCUGGGAAGCCUACUGCCAGGUUCGCUAUCUCUGCUCACACCUCCGCGGGAACGACAGCGCUGACUCUGCCGUCUCCACUGACUCCUCUAUGGACGAGUCUUCAGAAACCUCAUCUGCCAAAGAUGUGCCAGCAGGCAGCCUGCGCACCGCCCUCAGCGAGCUCAAGAGACUGAUACAGAGUAUUGUGGAUGGCAUGGAGCCCACGAGCUCUCGGAGAAUUGACGAUGUCUCCUUAGAAGAACAGAUAAGGCAGACCAGUGAGGAUUCGAGAGCCCUAAGGGAACUCAUGGAGGGAGAGAGGGGUAAACUGAGGCAGAGCCUAGAAGAGCUGCAGCGGCUCCACAGUCAGGUGACACUGCUGAGUGUGGAGAUGACUGCACUGAAGGAGGAGAGAGACCGACUCAGAGUGACAUCUGAGGACAAGGAACCAAAGGAGCAGCUUCAGAAGGCCAUCAGGGACCGGGACGAGGCCAUCGCAAAGAAGAACGCUGUGGAGGUGGAACUCGCCAAGUGCAAAAUGGAUGUGAUGUCUCUGAACAGCCAGCUGCUGGAUGCUAUUCAACAGAAACUGAACCUCUCACAGCAGCUUGAGGCUUGGCAGGAUGACAUGCACAGGGUCAUUGACCGGCAGCUGAUGGACACACACCUGAAGGAACAGAGCCGGCCUGCUACUGCCCUCUCCAGGGCGCAUGGCUCGGGGCGCACGGACGAGCCCAGCACCGCUGAGGGCAAACGGCUCUUCUCAUUCUUCAGGAAAAUUUAAGCUGGGAGGAGUCAGGCCAGCAAGGAUGGGUGCACUGGAGGCGACUGAAAAGGGCAUGUAGGCGAGGGCUCAGCCCACCAUGUUUACAUGCCGGCCCCCCAGCCCCAUGCCAGGCUCAGGGGGUGCACUGCCCACCCGCACUGGGGCCAAACCAUCCAGGAAGGCCUGCUCCGCCUCUGAAGGCUGCCCCCAACAGAGGGACAGGCAGAAGCCUUGUCCCCACCGCCUGGCCACACCCAGCCUGGGCUUCCCCAGGAUCUGCUGCUGUCAGCAGGCUCAGCCUGCCUCCAGAGUAGCCCCUUGGUUGGGCUCUGCUGCUCAGACCUGACAGAUCACAGCGCACCCCCGCCUUCCCCUUGGUGGCUCCCGUGCCCAACCCCAAGCACCGCCACCCUUGUGUUUUGGAAUACGGGGAUUGGGGAACAGAAGAGAUGGAGGCCCUUUCUGCAUGCCUCAGGAGGCCCUUGCUAUCCCCAGCUGGCCUGAGCCGUGGGGGCCGGGUUCUGCAGGGCAACAGGCCCAGGCCCAAACCCCAUCCUUCUGCAGCCCCUGGCCCAGGAAGGAGGCGGCUCCUCACCCACGUGCAUGCACCUCUGCCCCCAGGCCAGGAACCCCAGCCUCCGGCCUGCCAGCUGGGGCUAUCCUAUGCUCAACCACAGUUGGGCCCUGCCAGGGUUUGGCUGAGGCCAUCCUAAGCUCAAGAGGAAGAAGGUCCUGUCCCCUCCCCACCCCCUUGGACAUAGGCCCUCUGCAGGCUCAGCCCUUCCCUUCCUUGGGCCAGGGCUGGGAGGGGGGUCUCCUCUUCCCACAGCACCCCACCACUACCACUCUGCUCAUACAUACAAGUUCUUGGCUUGGCCAAAGCAAGUCCAGGCUCCAGAAUGGCCCCAGAGGGGUCUGCAGUCAGCCACUGCACCUUAAAAGGCAAUGUUGGCAUCACGGGGUGGACACCUCCAGAUACUGCCCACCAGGCCCCCAGAAGGACAAACCUGGCAACCUGCUGCUCCUGCUCCUUCCUCAGCGGCCACUUCACCUUCUCUGCUGAGCCCCCAACUCUAGACUCAAGAGGCACCCAGGCUGAGGCAGCCCACAAGCUGCUUUACAAAAGAUCAUCUCCCUCCCUCACGGGAAAAGCACAGCAGGGAUGAGUGGAAAGAAUGUACCUAUAGAUAUGUACAUACCACAGUGCUGUAAUUUUGUAUGUAGCAAUCAUGUAAAUACAUGUAUGGAUUUUAUAAUAUACAUAUUAUAUAUGAAUCUAUAAAGGCAUAUUUUUAGAAAAACAGCGCACCACUGCUUCUUUUGAAAAUAGUCUAAGAAUAAAAUGAAUUUCUACAGA